AUGGAGUCUUUGGCAUAUCAUUAUAAACAUUUUGUGCCUUUAGACAGCUCUAAACAAGUGGCCACAAUGAAUUCAUUAACACAUGAAUAUGCAGGUGGAAACCUAAAUCAACACAAUAACCAACCUGUGGAGGAAGUACAAUCCCAAAGCAAUAACAAUAUAGCACCUCCAGUAAACUCUAACAAGAAGAUCCAAAGCUGCCCAGUAUUGCCUUCCCCCAAAUCUCGAUUAUCAGUGUCCCAAGAUGUCUAUAACAGGAUUAUUCAACCACAAUCAUCCCACUCCAAAUGUUCAGACAAACCUUCACUGAAUAUUCACUGGAAAACUUCAUUGUGCCCCUCACGGAAAGCCCUGAACUUACCUUUUUCUUAUUUCAAAUCUCCGGCAACAUCUUCAUCUAACUUUAAUAAGACACCAUUAUCAUUGGAACCCAACCAGAGGGUCCUGAGGUCAAGAUUACUCCUCCUGAAACCUGACAAUUCAUCUUCAAUUCCAGAUGUUUGGGUAUCACCUUCAUUGAAGUCCAGUGAAAAAGUCUCAAGUUCAUUAUCCCCCCUCCAACAUGAAGAAACGCCUUCCCUAAACAUUAUCUGGACAUCAUCCUCUUUGAGAACCAACCAAAAAGCCUGUAGCUCAACAACACUUCAAACUAAAUCUCCAAAAACAACGUCAUUGGAUUGCCUUUGGAAAUCUUUAUUGGAGCGAAAUCAAAAGUCUUUGCAGUCACCAUUACUCAAGAAAAAACUACAAGCAAAUAAAUGCGUUCAGACAUCACCUUCUCUGGAGUUCAAUUACAUGGGAAUGAGCUCCCCAUUACCUGAACCCAGACUUCAGAGAUUACCUACAGUAAACUCUAAUACCCAUGUUAUGACUUUACCACUGUCUCACUUAACAUUAAAGAAAUCAUCUUUAUCAGAUUCUAUUCACCAGCCUUCGAGUUUUCCACUGUUUGAGUCAAAGUCUCAAACCAUUAGGCUUGAUGGUAAUUUUAAGGCCCUGAAAGCACCAACUUAUCACUCCAAGUUGAAUACCACUUCACCAAAUGACAAAUACAGGCCUACACAUUUAUGGCCAUUCCAUCCCACACUAAAUACAUCUGGCCAAUCAUUAUCAAGCAUCAAACACUGCAUCAGGAGCACAGCUUCUACCUUGGGUUCCAAACUCCAAAGCAAAAGCAGCUUUGAUUUUAGGUCAAAGACAAAAGUAAAUAAAGAAUUUCCCUGGACUUUCAGUUAUAUAUAUCCCUGCGUUGUGAAAGGUGGAACUCUGCCCGAUGAUGUUGUAAACAAAAUUAUCAAUUCUAUCUCCAAGACGAGAAUCCAGAGAGAUAUUUGUAGACAGAUUCUCUUUCGAAGGAUGAGGGGAAGGCCAAAUCCCCAUCCCGGUCCACGCCUUUCAACAGCGUAUACAGUUUGUUUAGCUUGUGCUUCCUGCAUAAAAUCUCACUGUAACCAUCGUAUAGGAAGGAAAGAUCCUCGGUGUGCAAGGCUGUUUGUUAUACCAACACCUGAGAUGACUACUGAGGGGAAAGUAGUGGUAAAACUACUUCUUAUUCUUUCUCUACCAGAGAUUUCAUCUUCUCUCCUAUUUCCUAUGAAGGACAAUCAGCUUGACGAAGCUCUGGAUAACGACCUUGAAGGAAUGGAGAAAAUGCCGCAGGUGAUCCGCACAUCACAAUCCGGUAUCUGCCAGGAAAAGCUUUCUACCAAGAAGAAAGUUAGUGAACGGUCGCAGGCUACUGAAUGGCUGCUUUAUGUUAAAAGUACAAAUGCUUUACAUCUGCCAUCCCAGUUCCCAACCCCUUCUUCCUCUUUCUCCUCCUUGUCAGUUUCUUCUGCCUCUUCUUCUUCCUCUUCUUCCUCCUCUUGUUCUGCUUUGCCCAUCCCACCCCCUCCUACUGAAAAAUCCUGUCACCAAUCUAUGCCCCCAGAUAGAGUAUUCACAAAAGUACUAAGUUACCAACAUCGACUGCCCCAGGGGGUCUCCUGGCUUGAGUUUAUAUGUAGUAAAGAUUACCAACCACUUGAGGGAAAGCUGCAACAAAGCCAAGUACCAUCUCUCCAGUCAAAGUCUGUGCAGAGCUACAUCAGUAGAAAAGGCACAAAGGGACCAAGCUUACUGUUCAAAUUUUUCCAAAAAAAGUUCAAAAUGAGAAAUUCUGAUUAA